AUCCCUAACAACAACAAUGUGCAAGGAAGACAAAUCACAUUAACCAAUAACAUAAAAAAAAAUAACAGCAACUACAGUGAUCAAUUGAUAAACAGAAAGAGAGUGAGAGAAAGAGAUUCACAUUGAAUUCCAAUUCUUAGUGCAAAAAGGCGUGCACAAAGAUGUCGACGACAAUUGUGGAACAGGCGGCGACGACGACGACGACGGUGUCGGGAACAGGGUCCACUACAAUAAUAGCUGCAGCAGCAACAACAACAACAACAUCAGAAGCAGCAGCAGCCGCAACAGCAACAACAAUAACAACAACAGCUGGCAAUACAGGGCCACCAAUAUCAGGUUCAGCGAUUCCAGAUUCAAACGCUUUGCCAUCUGUGGCAGAAAUCGAACAACUACAACAGGCAUUAAUCGAGAAGCAAACUCAAUUAUAUGCCCUUGAGACAGCCUGUCUAAGGGAAACCGAACGUCAAGUGGAAUUGGAGGAUAGUGUCAUUGCCUGGCAGGAUAAAUACGAUCGAUUGUACGAGUCGCAUAAACGUGUCCAGAAGGUCAAUCAAAGUCUUGAGGAUAAAAUGCUAAAACUGGUCGAUCGCAAUACCAGCGAAAGGGCUCAACUAACUAGCGAUGUGGCAACGCUGAGUGUUCGUUUGGCCCAGGCCAAUUUCAAUAUAGCCAAGUUGCAAAGGGAAAUUGUAAGUACAAUAAAAAGCCGAAGGAGUUUUCCUCAAAACAAUGACUUUUCAGUUUUGUGA